GUGUAUAUAUAUUUUGUAUCAAUAGAUUUGGUUAUGUUGGUAAUGUUUUUUAGUAAAAAAUUUAAUUUGUGAAAUCUUGAUUUUUUUCUAAACCAUGAAAAACCGUAAAAAUGUCUCGACUUUUUGUAAUUUGCGAAUUUUAUUUAUUACAUCGAUUGUCUUACAAGAAGAAGAAUAUUUUAAAACUAAAAUAUAAUAGUAAUAAAAUUAUAACGAAUUUAAAAAUAUUAAUUUACAGAUUGCUAAGAAAAAAUUAUCAAUUUUAUUGUUGCAAAGAAUGGAAUAUCAACAGAGAAAAAAUAAACGAAAAUAUAGAGUCCACCCUCUUUGGCAACAACGUUCCGUAUGCGGUGCUCAUAAUACUUUAAUAAGAGAAAUGGUCAUGCAUGAUCCAGCGAUGUUCCGGAACUAUCUGCGAAUGUCUACUUCGACAUAUGAAAAUCUUUUACUCAAGGUCGGACAUAAAUUGCAGAGCUGUCCUACCAGAACAGAUGUAAUCACACCGUCUGAGAAACUAAUAGUAACUUUAAGAUAUCUUGCUACUGGUGAAUCUUUUACAUCUUUGUCACGUCAGUUUCGGAUGGGAAUAAAAACUAUCCAAAUAUUUAUUCCUGAGACACUAAAAGCCCUGUGGACAACUUUACAGCCUGAAGUGCUUGUAUUGCCAACUACUCCAGAUGCCUGGAUGACGUUAAUAAAUAAUUUCAAUGAGAAAUGGCAAUUUCCCAAUUGUUACGGUGCUAUGGAUGGAAAGCACGUUUUGAUGCAGGGACAGCCUGGUACUGGUUCCGAUUAUUACAAUUAUAAAAAUUUUCAUAGCAUUGUUCUCCUUGCAAUGUGCAAUGCUGAUUAUGUAUUUACAAUGGUUGAUGUUCGGGGCAAGGGACGUCAGAGUGAUGGCGGUAUUUUGAAGAACAGCGCCUUUUUCAAAGCACUAGAGGAAGAUCGCUUAAAUCUACCACCUCCAACACCUCUAUAUCCUAAUGGUCCAAAUAUGCCAGUUGUCUACAUUGCUGAUGCUGCAUUUGAGAAUGAUCUUCACUGUUUAACGCCGUAUAAGGGAGCAAAGAGUGGAAAUCUUUCGAAAGAUAAAAAUAUUUAUAAUUAUAGACUGAGUAGAGCCCGUCGUACAAUCGAGAACGCCUUUGGAAUAUUAGUUGCAAUGUGGCGAAUCUUUCACACGCCAAUUAUGGCUAAUUUAACUGUAGUACAAUUAAUUGUAUUAGCAACAGUGUGUUUACACAACUAUAUAAUAAAAGAAGAAAAAUCUUUACCACUCGAUUUAAGACAUUACUGCUCUGCCAACAUUUCUGAUCAAAUUAGAAAUGUAACUGACAACAGUGCUUUACAGCCUUUGUCCAUACCUCAAUCAACAACAGCUAAAAAAAAUCUAGCUAGAUAUAAUAAGAACCACUUUAAAGAAUAUUUCAUGGGUCCUGGAAAAGUUUCGUGGCAAGAUAGAGCAGCUUUUUGAAGAAUAAGUUUAUAUAUUCAUUAUUUAUCGAAUGAAAACAAAUAUUUUACUCAUUUGAAAUAUGGGGGUUGUAAGACAAAAAUUACUAAUAAAUGUUAUAAACAAAAUGUAAA